GUGAAAACCUAGAAGAACAACAAAAGAGAGAAGCAGCCAAGACAGCACCUAUGAGUGACGAAAAGAAAAAGAAAAAGAAAAAGAAGCAACUCCUUAAACUGUCUUUUGCAGACGACGAGGAAGAAAAAGAAGAACCUAAAGAAGUAGAACCUGUAUCCAAAAAGAGAAGAAUGCUUAAAGAUCCUACGAUUGAUACAAGUUUCUUGCCUGAUAGAGACAGAGAAGAAAAAGAACGCAUUGAGAGAGAGGAAUUAAGAAAAGAAUGGCUAAGAAAACAAGAAGAAAUCAAGAGUAAGUAAGAUGGUAAACAGGCUUGUUCUUAUGUGUCUAGAUGAAAAGAUUGAUAUUACUUAUUCUUAUUGGGAUGGCAGUGGACAUCGUAAAGUAGUGACUUGUAAAAAGGGAGAUUCUAUUCAACAAUUCUUGGAAGCAUGUCGUCAACAAUUCACUCAAUUACGUGGUGUCAAUACAGACAAUUUGCUGUAUGUCAAGGAAGAUUUGAUUAUUCCUCAUCACUUCACUUUUUAUGACUUUAUUAUCAACAAAGCAAGAGGCAAGUCAGGUCCAUUGUUUAACUUUGAUGUCCAUGAAGAUAUUCGAUUUGUGAAUGAUGCCACAAUAGAAAAAGACGAGUCGCAUGCAGGUAAAGUGGUAGAAAGAGCUUGGUAUGAAAGAAAUAAGCAUAUCUUUCCUGCCAGUCGAUGGGAAGUAUUUGAUCCAGCAAAAUCAUAUGGCAAAUACAAAAUCAAGGGUUAGUCAUAAUAAAACAAUGCAUGUUCCUUUUUAUU